AUGUUUAUUAAAUAUUCCAACGAAAGAUCUAUAAUCAGUAGGCGAAUUUCUAAUAGAAGUUUCAUGAUUUCUUUCUGUCUUGGAUGUAUAAUAGUCGCAUUAUCUUUUUUAUUUAUCUAUAUCUUUCUAUCAACGUUAAAUCUAUCUCGACCUGUAUUACUACGACCACAAACUGUAACACCAGUAAUAGAAACAACAAAAAAAGUUGUGGAAUCUGUGCAUAUAGAUUCUCUUCUAGCUGAUCGUGUUGACGCAAAGUCAAAACAAUAUGUUUUUGCAACGUGUUCAAUUUCAUCACGUGAAGCCUAUUGCUUCUAUACACCAAUCGUAACUCUUGCAUGGCGUCGUUUAGGGUUUGAAGUCAUUGUUAUAUUCGUUGGUGAUUUUAUUAAUCUUAAAAACCAUAAAAAAUCUGAAGAUAUUGAACUUAUUAUCGAUCAUAUUCAUCUAUUCGGUGGUAUAACAUACGACUUUCAAGCUUCCGGAGGAUAUGACACCAGAGUGGCUCAAUUGAUUCGUAUUUUUCUGGCCUUUCUACCAAUGAAUUUCACUAAUGAUGAUGAUUAUUUUACAAUAACCGAUUCUGAUUUGAUACCUUUACGUCGUGAACAAUAUAUGUUAACAAAAGAUUAUCCUGAUGGUUUUAUCGUGAAUCGGUUUUGUUGCGGAUUCUUUACUCAGCGAAAUCGAUCUUAUCAAAUGAUACCAAUGAGUCAUUUAUACAUGAAAAAACGUCUAUGGAGAAAAAUGGUUCUUCAAUCAUUCAUACAUGAAGAAUUAAUUAAUAUCACUGAGCAUUUUCAUUCGGGUUUAAAUGGGUCUUAUGAAUAUCAAUUCAUGCGUAGCUAUUCAAAAAGAGAUUUAAAAUCAUUAUUACUAAAUGAACAUAAGACAAUUGAUUUUGCUACUCUAUCACUUUAUGCACGACACGAAUUUCAAGAAGUAUAUGAAAUGCCGACAAUAAGAGCUAAGGCCGGAUGGGAUAUGGACCAAGUUUUAAUAACUAUGCUUCUCUAUGAUUAUCUGAACAAGACAACAGAAGGACAACAAGUAAAAAUUCACGAAAGAAAAAUGCUUGAACGUCUUGAUCGUGAAAGACCAUUUUUAGCAUGGCCAACAAAAUUAGACUUUUCGCAGUAUGGUGAUGCACAUAUAACGCAUAACAUAUUUCAGAUGAAAUUUUGGCCAACACAUCUACGCCUAUUUAAAUAUUUAUUCAAUGAAACGAUUGUUCAAAUUUUGAAUGAAUACUAUCGAAAAUAUCUAUUAUUACGUUUUGUUUAA